UAUAAAUAAGGGAAAAACAAAGGAAACACACUAUUGUCUGACAGAGACUAGUUUAUCUCUGGAUCCAGAAGACAAGACAGUAAAAUUCCAGACGCGGAGAAGGCCAAUAAAUUAAUCUCAACUGAACUCACUUCCCACCCACCCACCGCCACCGUCGCCGCCACCAAGUUCCCAAAUCUCCACCUGGAUUCUCUCAGUUUCAUCCUCCUCUGCCUUGCUCAACUCUAUCUGCUUGCUCUUCUACUCAUUUCCUCUCUCUCCCCAAUUCUCAAUAAUAAAUCUAAUCCACUCCCACUGAUAGAGCUCUCAUCAGUGACCAUUUUUCUAUUGUAGGGUUGUUGUUGGGUGCCUCUGGAUUUUUAUUCUUUGCCCCCCAAACAAAAGGCACAUCCUAGAUUUGUAGGAUCCUCAACCGUGAUCCUGGGGAUGGGUCUGUUUUCCGAAACCUACCGUACCAAGCAUGUCCUUUUAUUAUAGAAAUAGAAAGUCUUCAUCUUUCUCCCUCUUCAAUCAUACAUAAGUCUCCUUACUUUAUUACUUUUUUUCCAUUUUUAUCCAGACCAAAGCUUCCAUCUUUACUUCAAAUGUAGUCCUACAAAUAAAGGGUACCCUUUGUUUUGGUUAAUUAGUCAGUGUAUGUUGCUCUUGUUUUAGAAGUUUAGGGAGGGAAAAUUAUGGGAUCUGGUAAUGGGGUUUAUUCAGUUGCGGAUUUCGAUUUGGAUGCCAAGUGGCUAAUCGAUCCAAAGCAUCUUUUUGUUGGUCCGAGGAUUGGGGAAGGCGCGCAUGCCAAAGUGUACGAAGGAAAAUAUAAGAAUCAAAAUGUUGCUGUAAAAAUUGUUCAUAGAGGAGAAACCCCAGAGCAGAUUGCCAAGAGAGAAGCGCGGUUUGCGAGGGAAGUGGCAAUGAUGUCGAAAGUGCAACACAAGAACUUAGUGAAGUUCAUUGGUGCCUGCAAAGAACCUGUCAUGGUCAUAGUGACUGAGCUUCUUCUAGGUGGAACUUUGCGCAAAUACUUGUUCAGUAUGCGGCCAAGGUGCUUGGACACAUGCGUGGCAGUUGGGUUUGCGCUUGACAUUGCUCGUGCUAUGGAGUGCUUACACUCCCACGGUAUCAUUCACCGUGACCUGAAACCUGAGAAUUUGAUCUUGACUGCCGACCAAAAAACAGUCAAACUUGCGGACUUUGGCUUAGCAAGAGAAGAGUCAUUGACAGAGAUGAUGACCGCUGAAACUGGGACAUACCGGUGGAUGUCUCCUGAGAUACGGUACUUUAAAUUGCUUUACAGCAGAGUUACAUUACGACACGGAGAAAAGAAGCAUUACAAUCAUAAGGUGGAUGCUUACAGUUUUGUAAUUGUAUUGUGGGAACUCAUCCAUAACAAGCUACCUUUCGAAGGCAUGUCGAAUUUACAAGCAGCGUAUGCAGCUGCUUUUAAGGGGCUUGAAAGAGUCGGAUGUGGACAACUUUGUUGAUGAUGUCCUUGUGAAUCACAAACCAUGGGCUUCCCGAGUGCAAGAUCCGUUGACUGGCUCCCAUGUAUUUGUAUGUGCACAUUGUAGUCGAGAAGAAUGGAAUCGUGAUAGUGCGCGUGUUCUCAUUGAUAAGUUCGAAGAGGAGGCUGAGCUGCGAGGAUGGACGAAUCAGGUAUUUGUUACUGCUUGCUAUCACACUGGAGGCCACAAUGGAAACUUGAUUAUCUACAUCCCAGGUUCAGAUGGAAGUACAACAAGCUAUUGGUAUGGCUACGUCACUCCUGAUGAUGUGCCAGAAUUUGAUCAGCAUAUUGGGAAGGGAGAGAUUAUAGAACGACUUUGGAGGGUCCAAAUCGGAGCAUCUUGUGAUGAAGCU